AUUCAAGAUGGCUCUCAAAGCUCUUGUCGGACAAAAGAUUAUGAAUGAGGUGAUCCGCUACCGCGGACCCAAAGGAAAAGAAUCUCAACGUAUAGAAUGGAGAAUCCUCAUUGUAGACCAGCUUUCCAUGAGAAUGGUGUCUGCAUGCUGCAAAAUGCAUGAUAUUUCAGCUGAAGGCAUUACAUUGGUGGAAGACAUCCACAAGAAAAGAGAACCCUUAUGUACUAUGGAUGGCAUUUAUCUUAUCACACCUUGUGAAAAAUCCGUUCAUGCUCUUAUUAACGAUUUUUCUGUAGGCAACCGCAUCAUGUAUAAAGCUGCUCAUGUGUUCUUCACUGAGGCAUGUCCUGAUGUACUUUUUGAUGAACUAUCACAUAGCCGAGUAUCUAAAUAUAUCAAAACAUUAAAGGAAAUCAACAUAGCUUUUAUACCAUAUGAGCAACAGGUGUUCUCCUUGGACUCCCCUGAGACAUUCCAGUGCAUGUACAAUCCUGCUUUAGCACAGACCCGCAAUGCCAACAUGGAGCGGAUAGCCGAGCAGAUCGCUACACUGUGUGCCACUCUAGGCGAAUAUCCUUCAGUACGAUACCGGAGUGAUUGGGAACGCAAUGUUGAGCUUGCUCAACUCAUCCAGCAAAAACUAGAUGCUUAUAAGGCCGAUGAACCAACCAUGGGAGAAGGGCCAGAGAAAGCGCGCUCUCAGCUCCUGGUCAUAGACCGUGGUUUCGACUGUGUAUCACCGCUUCUGCAUGAACUCACACUCCAAGCGAUGGCAUAUGACCUACUACCCAUCGAGAAUGAUGUCUACAAGUAUGAAGCAGCUCAAGGCCAGCAACUAAAAGAGGUGCUCUUAGACGAAAAUGACGAACUAUGGGUGGAGCUUCGACAUCAGCAUAUUGCCGUCGUUUCAACUUCAGUCACAAAGAUGCUGAAGAAAUUCACUGAGUCAAAACGGAUGGGCGGAGGAGACAAACAAUCUAUGAGGGAUCUAUCUCAAAUGAUUAAGAAAAUGCCUCAGUAUCAGAAAGAACUUUCCAAAUAUGCAACACAUUUGCGUCUCGCUGAGGACUGCAUGAAGGUUUACCAAGGAUAUGUCGACAAGCUUUGCAAGGUUGAACAGGAUCUUGCCAUGGGUACGGAUGCCGAGGGCGAAAAGAUAAAGGAUCACAUGAGAAGCAUUGUUCCUGUUCUUCUUGAUCAGGCUGUUAUAAAUUUUAACAAGAUGCGCAUCAUUGCUCUAUACAUAAUGUCAAAGAACGGCAUAUCCGAAGAGAACCUGAACAAGCUGGUGACGCACGCACAGCUCGAGCCGUCCGACAAGCAGGCGCUGCUCAACCUCGCCAACCUGGGCCUCAACGUCGUUCUCGACGGUAAUAGAAAAAAGCAAUACCAGGUUCCCAGAAAAGAAAGAAUCACUGAACAAACUUACCAGAUGUCAAGAUGGACACCAGUGAUUAAGGAUAUUAUGGAGGACGCUAUUGAUGACAAAUUAGACCAAAGACACUUUCCGUUCCUCGCUGGGCGUGCUCAGACAUCGGGAUACCAAGCGCCUACCAGUGUUCGUUAUGGACAUUGGCAUAAAGAUAAAGCUCAGCAAACCAUCAAAAAUGUGCCGCGUCUGAUCGUGUUUGUUGUCGGAGGCGUUUGCUUCUCGGAGAUCCGUUGCGCGUACGAGGUGACGGCCGCGGUGAAGAACUGGGAGGUGAUCAUCGGUUCUUCACACAUCCUCACCCCGGACACCUUCCUUUCAGACCUGAGCUCUCUCACUGCCUAAACGACGCAUCAGAUAUAGGGAUGGCGAUCUGAGAUCGAUUAAUCGAAUAAUCGAUUUUCGGAGCCAAAAAGAUUGAUUUUAAAUAUCGAUAUGUAGUACUGAAUCGAUAUUUCACCCUUGAAAAUUGACAUUCGUUUUUUUUUAUUGUUUGGUAUAAACCAAAAAAGUAUUUACAAUGAAUUGAAUGUACCCGUAUUAUAAGAGUGAUGCCGGUUAAAGGGUUAAUUAUUUAAAAACUCGCGACAUGGCUGUAUGUUUGGAUUCCUUUGCCCCUCUUUAAUAAAAUAAGUUACGUCUGUUUGUAAUCUUUGAAUAAAAAUAUUUUUUAUCAUUAUAUAACCUGAUUUUACUGAUAAGAGUCGUUAAAUUGUAAUAUGUAUCUUGUUUUAAAUAAAAUAGAUUUAUAUUACCUACAUCAUAAACAAAAACUUUAAAAAAAUAUCAAUUUUUCAGAAAUUGAUCUUGUUGACCUCGAUUUGUUUGUGUAUCAAUUCAUUAGGUCACGAUUGGAAUUGAUUUAAAAAUCGAUCUUUUUCGGAAAGAAUCGCCGUCUCUAAUCAGAAGUUCUUCAACCUAACCUAACUAGCGGGAACUUUAGCCAUUCGAUAAGUCACAUACUAAUUAUUGGUGUAUUAUAUUAUAACAUGUUAGUAUUUCGACGACAAUCGCUAUUUAAAUUCGAAUAGACUCUGUGGAAUUUUUGUUAUUUACUUACCUUUAUGGAAAUCAGUGUAGCAUAUCAAGUUCAUUGAGUAUGUACAAAUACGUGUUACCAUAGUAACUGACGGUAUUUUGGCGGAAUUUAUAAAACUUGUACAC